AAAAAAACAAAACAAAAAAAAAAAGUCUUAAAAACACAGAGGAAGACCAUGAUACUCCUUUCUGACCGUGAAGGGUGACCUCCGAAUCCCUUGUCUUGUUCAAAUGCAUUGCAGGGUUUUCAUUUUCCUUACAUCUUGAAUAGACUACACAUUCUUACGACUCGGCACUUUCGAACGGGAUGAUUGGUUUCUCAUCAGCAGUUGGUUACACCACAUCUGCAUUUCAGAGAGCAUGCUACGUUAUGUUGUCGAGUCGUUUCUUUUCAGCGUGCUUAUGUUGGGUAAUUGCUAGAGAUGGGACAUUACACCGAAAACGGUAUGGAUGUCCGGCUACGAUCGUUAUAAUAUCUGAGUUUUCCCCUUUUUGGCCACAAAAGGGUGUGCGCUUUGGGUUGUCAUUGCAGUGGUGGAAUUCCGCCGGCCUGCUUUUCUCGCUUUCUCUAUGGAUGAGGGUUGGUCAGCGUUAUGGUGCUUCUGGUCAUCUUGUGCUAUUGCAAUUUUCCGACAGGCUAUAUUUAACGACCAUGAUGAGACGAAUUUCCUUUUACGAGUUUUUAUACUGCUGUGGCUUGUUCUCCAUUCAUGCAUCAAGGGCCAGUAGGCCCUGGGUUCUGUUAGUGUUUUAUGUAUGGGUUUAUUCUAAAAGAAAAAUACUAUAGGGUUUCAAAAUUCA